GUGGACACAUUUGAGAGAAUCCCAUGAAAAUUUAUUUCGCUGAGUACUAGGAAUUAAAUUGGGAUAUGACUUGUAUGCCAUCUGAAUGAAGACCACAUGGAUUAUUAUUUAUUACUGAUAUCAUAUCAAUUCAUCUUAGUAUAGCCAUAAAUUCCCUCAUAACAAGAUCUUGCUUUCGUACAAGAAACCACUCCAUUACUUGAAUACUUCUUCUGUACAGGUUUAAUCAAUCCGGGACAUCUGCUUUCUCAAAGAGCUAUAUAAUUCGUGCGUGCACAGUGGCCAAUUGCGAUUAUCACAAUUUCACUUUAUUAGCUUCACAUAAGUUAUUGGGCCUCAAGUGAGACUAGUAAUUAUCUGCCGCUUAUAUACAUCAAGUGUGUGGCACCAAGAAACAGCAUAACACCUUAGGCAAGGAAUUAGUUCAAUUUCUUAGCUUAAUUUCAUAUAAUUCAAGGACUCAAAAGAUGCUAGACUCCGCUCGCUCAGGGAUGACAAGAAACUCCUCCCAUCUAGCCUCCAUUUAUGAUAACGAUUUUCUUGAGCUGGUAUGUGAAAACGGUCAAGUUGUUGUACGAGGAGGUUCAUCAAAUAGAACACAAAAGACCCCUUCCUGCAUCGGGUAUUCCAUAAGCCCUUCACGUAAGCAAACAACAGAUGAAGAUGCUUGCAUUGCAAAAGGAACAAGGUUAAGCACAUUAUACACACUUUUAGAUCACUUUCCACCUCAAAGGGACGCUGACAAGAGCUCUUCAAAUCAAAGCAAUGACCAAGAGUCCUCUCAAUCCUCCCAUACCAAGAAUUCGUGUAAGCUGAAUGAAGAAUUUGCAAACUUACUGGGACCAGAAAAAGACUAUAAGCCCGUUACCACAGAUAAUGUUCAUUUGUGCCCAUACUCCUCACAACAGUGCUUACCUUCAUCUCCGCUCAAGAAACAAAGAACAGACCCAGGCCAAGCACCAGCAACAAACUCACACAACUUAGGAUGCGGUCAAAGAGCACAAAAAGUGAACUUCUCCAACUUUUUGAUACCUGCAGUAUUUCUCAAAUCUACUACAAACAGUGCAACUGAGCCAACAAGAAACGCACUUUCAGGAAGAGUAGUGGAGGAGAUUGAAGCACGCAAGGUUGAGAAAGCAUCAGCUGAAGGAUCACAUGGUCUCACAGGAUUUCAAAAGCAAACAUCUUUUGUUGAAAGAAGACCAGAAGCGCCCCUUGAUGAGCAUUCUGAAGCUGUUGGCAAUAACAGUUGUGGCCUUGGAAUUCACAGAUCCAAUACUCAACGUUGUAACCAAACCUCAAGCUCAGGAGCACUUGGAGCAAAGGGAAAAGCUAACACUAACUUGUGUAAUGAGCCGUUGCUAGCAUCUCCUUCUGUAUGCUCUCUUGGAGCCUCAAACGACCCAAACCUUGCUAUCAGGUUGCAUGAGGACACUGAUGACCCAGCAUAUUUGAGUGAUAAUGAUGAAGAAGCAGAAGAUUUACUUCAGCAAACGCCAGAUAGGGAGGGUAACAGAAUUAAGAGAAGCAGGAAUGCGGAGGUUCAUAAUUUAUCUGAAAAGAAGCGAAGAGAAAGAAUCAACAAGAAGAUGCGUACAUUGAAAGAGCUCAUACCCAAUUGCAAUAAGGUGGACAAAGCAUCAAUGCUUGAUGAUGCAAUCGACUAUCUCAAGACUCUAAAGCUUCAGUUACAGAUUAUGUCAAUGGGUAGUGGUUUAUGGCCACUUAUGAUGUUACCUGCUGCGGCACAUCACAUAAAUGGACCACAUUUACCACAGUUAAUGGGAGCUGGAAUGGGUUUCAGGCCACCACAGCUCCCUAUUCCGCUCCCUAUUCCACCACUGUCUGCUUCUGCUAUCACAAACAACAGAUUUCAGAUGUUUGGUUUCCCCAACCAAAUACCACCCAUGCCAAUUCCACAUGCACCAUAUUUUCCCAUCAUUGGAAACUCUUCUACUACACAACCACACUUGGCAACUAGCCCUACAGCUACCACCAACCUAAGGGAACAUCUAGCUAAUUCUUCAACUCCACAGGUCGCAAUUCCCAACAAUAUUAACUCAGAUUUUCAUGCGAAGGUCCAAAAUGCAGUAAAGCAAGUGCCUAAUCAGGUUUCCCUUCACCACCACAAUACUAGUCCACUGGCUAUCCCUUUCAUUUUCCCACAAAGAUAGAGGUAAAAACGAAAAUGAUGGAGAAGAAGGGAAAUUUUGAAUGAUGAAAAAAUUAGAUUAAACAUGUUUUCUUUUUCUUUUUCAUCAACGAUUAAAGAUGUUAAACGACUGUGAAGUUAGUUUACCCUUUACCGAAAGAUUGCAUAUAUCAUUUUCUGAUUUUGUAGAACACCAGCAGCAGAUUCUGACUAUUCACAGUUUGAUG